AUGGCGAAGAAUCAGCAGGCGAAGCGCUUGUCCACAACGCGCUCCAACUCGAAAGGGGAGGCAGAGAAAAAGCGAGAGCUUGAAGAAGAAUCGAGCGACGAUGAGUUGAACGUGCAAGGACUCAUAGACGAUGAGGCUGAUGAAAGUGAUGAGGAUUACAGCGAGGUGGACAGCGAAGCAGAUGAGACAGGUCAGUUUCAAUCUGCUGAAGAGGGUGAAGACGGCGCUAGCGAAGAGGAAGCAGGAUCAGACUCAGAUGAAGAGUUCAACAAGCUUCUUGCCGAAGAAGAACCUGAGGAUGGCUCAGAGGCAAAUGAAUCCUUGGAGUUCUCUGAUGCGAGUAACUCGAACUCAAUGGUGGAAAAACUUUCCAGUAUCAAGCUGAAUAUGAUACCAGACCAGGACGAAGAGGUGAUCCGUACUAAGUUUUCCGACGGUCGGCCAAGAACGAUAAAGCCUGAGAUCAACCCAGUCUACGAUAGUGACGACAGUGAUGUUGAGGUUCAAAACACCAUAGGUAACAUUCCUCUUUCAGCUUAUGAUGAAAUGCCCCACAUUGGUUACAGUAUCAACGGUAAAAGAAUAAUGAGACCUGCUAAGGGUUCUGCUCUAGACCAACUGCUUGAAACUAUAGAGCUACCUGAGGGUUGGACUGGUCUGCUGGAUAAGGACACAGGUGCCAGCUUGAACUUGAGUCAGGAGGAGCUGGAGUUGAUUUCUAAGAUCCAGAAGAAUGAGAAAACAGACGAUUCUGUUGACCCAUACCAGCCAUAUGUCGACUGGUUUACUAGACAUACCGAAACGAUGCCAUUGACUGCAGUCCCGGAGCCAAAGCGGAGAUUUGUUCCUUCUAAGAAUGAGGCCAAGAGAAUUAUGAAGAUUGUCAGAGCCAUUAGAGAAGGCCGCAUUAUACCUCCGAACAAGCUCAAGGAGAUGAGAGAGGAAGAGGAGAGUUCUCACCAUUACGACUUGUGGGGUGCCAGCGAUGAAUCCGAUGACCACGUUAUGAAUCUUAGAGCACCAAAACUACCUCCCCCAACCAACGAAGAGAGUUAUAACCCACCUGAAGAAUACUUGUUGAGUAAGGAAGAAAAGGAAGAGUGGGAGAACCAGGAGCCUAGCGAGAGAGAAAGAAAUUUUGUUCCUCAGAAGUUCAAUGCCCUCAGAAAGGUUCCAGGUUAUGUGGAAUCUGUCAGAGAAAGAUUUGAGCGGUCCCUAGACUUAUAUCUGGCACCAAGAGUGCGCAAAAACAAACUGAACAUCGACCCUGAAUCUCUGAUUCCGGAGCUUCCUUCCCCUAAGGACUUGAGACCUUUCCCAACUCGUUGUUCAACAAUCUACCGUGGUCAUGAGGGUAGAAUCAGAACACUUUCUAUUGACCCCUCGGGCCUAUGGCUUGCAACUGGCUCUGAUGACGGUUCGGUGAGAAUCUGGGAAAUCCUGACCGGAAGGGAAGUCUACAAGGUCCAAGUUGUUGAUCCUGAAGCCAAGAGUGGCGACAAUGUCGAAGCAAUUGAAUGGAAUCCCGACAAAACCACUGGUAUUUUGGCUAUUGCAGCUGGAGAGAACAUUUUCCUGAUUGUCCCACCCAUCUUUGGGUUUGAGGUUGAGAACACUGGUAGAACCAAGAUCGAGGAUGGUUUUGGUUUUGAUACUUACGGCAAUUCAAAGACUUCUAACCUCAACGUCAACAGCGAUGAUGAAAACGAUCAGCCUGAAAGCACUGCAGUAAAGAGCCAGGUUGCCCAGUGGCACAAGGCCAGCCAGAAGCAGGCCGAGAAAGACAUUGCAGUUGUGAUAACCUGCAGGCACACUGUGAAAAAGUUGUCGUGGCACAGAAAGGGAGACUAUUUUGUUACUGUUCAGCCAAAGUCGGGUCACACAUCUGUUCUCAUUCACCAACUAUCCAAGCAUUUAUCGCAGUCGCCAUUCAAGAAGUCCAAGGGCAUUGUAAUGGAUGCGAAGUUCCAUCCUUUCAAGCCACAAUUGUUUGUCUGCUCGCAAAGAUACGUGAGAAUUUACGAUCUGUCUCAACAAGCGUUGGUAAAGAAGCUGAUGCCUGGCGCGCGUUGGUUGUCUACGAUCGACAUCCACCCCAGAGGUGAUAACUUAUUGGCGUCUUCUUUCGACAAGCGUGUUUUGUGGCACGACCUUGACCUCGCCAGCACCCCAUACAAGACCCUGAGAUACCAUGAAAUGGCUGUCAGAAAGGUCGCCUUCCAUAAAAAGCUGCCGCUGUUCUGUUCGGCCUCUGACGAUAGCAUUAUUCAUGUUUUCCAUGCUACGGUGUACGAUGACAUGCUGAAGAAUCCACUGCUCGUGCCACUCAAGAAACUUGAGGGCCACAAAGUUGUCAAUAGCUUGGGUGUUUUGGACUUGGUGUGGCACCCUAGGGAAGCAUGGCUAUUUUCUGCUGGCGCCGAUAACACCGCUCGCCUAUGGACUAGUUGA